CGCACCCCCUGUCUCCAUCACAUUCCGCCGUCUCCCCUCCCUCAUCUGCCGCUGGGCCAGCCCCCCUACUGAACACCGGAUUUUGAGCGCGUGCACCCGGUCGGCUUGCUCGAGCAUCCACACUGGGACACAAAUGGAAACUCUUAGGGGAAACCCAGAAAUAAGAAGUCCUGCCGCUGUAAAACAGUUGUAAUAAUAAUGGAGCAACAACAGCGUCGUUUUCUUCCCUGUCCGUCCUUCAUAAUUUAAUCGUUACAUCGUUCCGAAGCGGGCAAAGCACGUCCCGUUGUUAUACUAGUCUAGGCUACGGACCGACUGAUUGUUGUGAUACGGACGGAUUUGUGUACGCAGGAGAUGAUAUAACGCACCUUGAAGACGACUAGAACGAGAACGGGUAACUGGAGCCGCGCGAAGAGGAAGCAUGAAGUUUGCGGUUGCAGUGUUGUGGCUGUUGUGGUUCUCGGUCGGCGAUGCCACUAUUGAAGAGACAAGACAACCUCCAGACUAUUCCCAACAGAGGACUUUACUGACCUAUCACAGAUGGGAAUGGUCUCAAACAGAAUAGAAACAUGGAAUGGAGCUCCAGAGGAGUUUGUGUCUCUGGCUGAGAUGGAGGAUGCCUUGUUGAGGAACCUGUUUAGAGGGUAUCAGAAAUGGGUCCGACCCGUUCUGCACGCUAAUGACACCAUCACAGUACGCUUCGGACUCAAGAUCUCACAGCUGGUGGACGUGGAUGAGAAGAAUCAGCUGAUGACUACUAAUGUCUGGCUAUGGCAGGAGUGGGUAGAUGUGAAGCUCCAGUGGAACCCUGAUGAGUAUGGAGGAAUCACCUCUAUCAGAGUUCCCUCUGAAACAAUAUGGCUGCCAGACAUCGUCCUCUAUGAGAAUGCUGAUGGGCGUUUCGAGGGCUCUCUGAUGACCAAAGCCAUCGUGAGGUCAGACGGGACAAUCAGGUGGACCCCUCCGGCCAGCUACAAGUCUUCAUGCACCAUGGACGUCACCUUCUUUCCCUUCGACAGACAGAACUGCUCCAUGAAGUUUGGCUCGUGGACCUACGACGGCAACAUGGUGGACCUGGUCCUUGUGGACCACUACGUCGACCGUAAGGACUUCUUCGACAACGGUGAAUGGGAGAUCCUCAACGCCACCGGCGCCAAGGGCAGCCGACGGGACGGUAUCUACUGGUACCCCUUCGUUACCUACUCCUUCAUCCUCAAGAGGCUUCCUUUGUUCUACACACUCUUCCUCAUCAUCCCCUGUCUCGGUCUGUCCUUCCUGACCGUGUUGGUGUUCUACCUCCCGUCUGACGAAGGAGAGAAGCUGUCUCUGUCCACGUCGGUCCUGGUGUCUCUCACCGUGUUCCUCCUCGUCAUAGAAGAGAUUAUACCGUCCUCCUCCAAGGUGAUCCCUCUGAUUGGAGAGUACCUCCUCUUCAUCAUGAUCUUCGUCACCUUCUCCAUCAUCGUCACGGUGUUUGUCAUCAACGUCCACCACCGCUCCUCAGCCACCUACCACCCCAUGGCCCCCUGGGUAAAAAACCUCUUCCUCCAGAGGCUACCCAGACUGCUUUGCAUGAGGGGACACACUGACAGGUACCACUACCCAGACAUUGAGCUGCGUAGCCCAGAGCUGAAGCCCCGCGGAGGUCCAGGGAGGAGGGGGGCGUCGGGCCAGGGCCAAGCCCAGCAGAGAGGCCCUGUCGGGGGGAAGGAGGAUGAGAACCAUGCCUGGUUGGCCAUGCUGGAGAAAGCCACCAACUCAGUACGGUACAUCAGCCGUCACAUCAAGAAGGAACACUUUAUCAGAGAGGUGGUGCAGGACUGGAAGUUUGUGGCUCAGGUGUUGGACAGGAUCUUAUUGUGGGUGUUCCUCACUGUCUCCAUACUGGGUACCAUCCUCAUCUUCACUCCAGCCAUCACUUUGUACCUGACCACUCCCCCCUUCAACACAUAGACCCUAUCAGUAGACCCUAACCUCUAUAGGCAUAAUCAGUAGACCCUAACCCCUACACCCUACCACCUACACCCUACAACACAUAAUCAGUAGACCCUAACCCCUACACCCUACCACCUACACCCUACAACACAUAAUCAGUAGACCCUAACCCCUACACCCUACCACCUACACCCUACAACACAUAAUCAGUAGACCCUAACCCCUACACCCUAC